CUUCAUUUUUCUUCCUAGGAGGUGAUUCCUGUCACUACCACUGACCAAAAACCAUCCUAGGUCAGAGGGUCUCUGACCCCGGUGGGCAGGGCCACUCAGGGGCUUCGGCCCUUGAGUCUCUCCAUUUGUGGAGUUUCUGGUGAGGGUGCAGUUUUCCUCAUCAACUCCUUAAGGAAUUUUUGCUGCCACCACGACUGAUCAAUAUCAGUGGGAUCUGAAGAUCUCUGAUCCUGGUGGGAAGGGCCCCUCAUUGGCCUUCACCCCUUGAAUCUCCCUACUUUAGUAAAAUUCUUUUGAGUGUGCAGUUUUUGUCACCAACUCCUUAAGUCUAAAGCAAGACUUGAAGAAUCCAACUCAUAAAAGCCAGCCUGGUUUUAUACCUAGUCUGUUUAUAAACAGCACCCUCUGAAGACUGUCUCCCCAAGUGGUCUGCAGGGACAAGUCUCCUGAUAGUGUCAUCUGAGCACUCUUAAAGAGUGCAAGGAAGAAUUGAACAAUGACCAUAGUUGACAAAGUUGAAUCUUCAGACCUCUCAGCCUGUCAGAAUCAGCCUGGCAGUUCUGAGGCAGUCUCACCUGGAGACAUGGAUGCGGGCUCUGCCAGCUGGGGUGCUGUGUCUGCAUUGAGUGAUGUUUCCAGUCACACGCCUUCUUUAGGACCAGUACCUGGUGCUGUCUAUUCAAAUCCGGCUGUACCUGAUAAAUCAGAGCUAUCACCACAAAAGGAUCAAGCCCUAGGUGAUGGCAUUGCUCCGCCACAGAAAAUUCUAUUUCCAUCAGAGAAGAUUUGUCUUAAGUGGCAACAAACUCAUAGAGUUGGCGCUGGGCUUCAGAAUUUGGGUAAUACCUGUUUUGCCAAUGCAGCAUUGCAGUGUUUGACAUAUACACCACCUCUCGCCAAUUACAUGUUAUCACACGAACACUCCAAGACAUGUCAUGCAGAAGGAUUUUGUAUGAUGUGUACAAUGCAAGCUCAUAUUACCCAAGCACUCAAUAAUCCUGGGGAUGUUAUUAAACCCAUGUUUGUCAUCAAUGAAAUGCAGCGCAUAGCUAGGCACUUCCGUUUUGGAAACCAAGAAGAUGCCCAUGAAUUUCUUCAGUACACUGUUGAUGCUAUGCAGAAAGCAUGCUUGAAUGGAAGCAAUAAAUUAGAUAGACACACCCAGGCCACCACACUUGUUUGUCAGAUAUUUGGAGGAUACCUAAGAUCAAGAGUCAAAUGUUUAAAUUGCAAGGGCGUUUCAGAUACUUUUGAUCCAUAUCUGGAUAUUACAUUGGAAAUAAAGGCGGCUCCGAGUGUUAACAAGGCAUUGGAACAGUUUGUGAAGCCGGAACAGCUAGAUGGAGAAAACUCCUACAAGUGCAGCAAGUGUAAAAAGAUGGUUCCAGCUUCAAAGAGGUUUACUAUACAUAGAUCAUCUAAUGUUCUUACACUCUCUCUGAAACGCUUUGCAAAUUCUACUGGUGGAAAAAUUGCGAAGGAUGUGAAGUACCCUGAGUAUCUUGAUAUUCGGCCAUACAUGUCUCAACCAAAUGGAGAACCCAUUAUUUAUGUUUUGUAUGCAGUGCUGGUCCACACCGGAUUUAACUGCCAUGCGGGCCAUUACUUCUGUUACAUAAAAGCUAGCAAUGGCCUGUGGUAUCAAAUGAAUGACUCCAUCGUAUCUACUAGUGAUAUUAGAUCGGUACUCAGCCAGCAAGCCUAUGUGCUCUUUUACAUAAGAUCCCAUGAUGUGAAAAACGGAGGUGAACUUACUCAUUCCACCCACAGCCCUGGCCAGUCCUCUCCCCGCCCAGUCAUCAGUCAGCGGAUUGUCAGGCAGGCUACGUCAGGAUUCAUUAGACAACUUCCCUCUCACAUGAUGAAGAAUUCACCUCACUUGAAUGGGACUGGGCCACUGAAAGACACGCCAAGCAGUUCCAUGUCGAGUCCUAAUGGAAAUCCCAGUGUCAACAGGGCUAGUCCUGUUAACGCUCCUGCUUCUGUUCAAAACUGGUCAGUUAACAGGCCCUCUGUGAUUCCAGAACACCCCAAGAAACAAAAAAUCACCAUCAGUAUUCAUAACAAGUUGCCUGUUCGCCAAGGUCAAUCUCAGCCUAACCAUCAUAGCAAUUCCGUGGAGGCCCCUAUCAAGCCUGUUCCUUCUUCUACUGUCACCAACUAUUCUGCGAUACAGUCUACCUCGAAUGCAUCCACAAUGACAAUUUCUAGUAAAGUAGCAAAACCACUCUCCCCAAGUGAGUCCUGCUCUAAGCCAGUGAUGAAUGGUAAAUCCAAGGUGAGCUCCAGCGUGCUAGUCCCCUAUGGUACAGAGUCAUCUGAAGAAUCCGAUGAGGAGUCCAAGGGCCUGGCCAAAGAGAAUGGCGUGGGCCAGAUUACCACUGCUUACUCUGCUGACCACGAAGCUGAAGAUGAUGAGGCCCCACCCCAUGAGCUUCAAGAGCCUAUCACUCUAAAUGGUGCUAAUAGUACAGACAGUGACCCAAAAGAAAAUGGCCUGCCAUUGGAGGGUGCCAGUUGCCAAGUCCAACCCACUUUACACUCAGAAAAUCCCUUUUCUAAAGCAAACGGUCUUCCUGGAAAGUUGAUACCUGCUUCUUUGCCCUCUCUUCCGGAAGACAAAGUCUUAGAGACCUUCAAACUUAGCAACAAAGGAAAAGGCUCAACAGAUGAAAUAAGUCCACCUGAAACAGAGCAAGGUUCGUCAGGGGAUCUUGCUGUGGAGCUUGAGGCUGCCAUUGCCACUACUGGUUCCCAUGAGAAGCUGGACCCAAUCACAAGUCUGUGCAGCAAAUUUAAGAAGGCUUUGCUCUCCCCUGACACCAAAUCUACCAAAGAAGUUGCCUCAGAAAACAGUUCAGCCAAACCUGAUGAAUCUUUGCCCAUCGUAAACAACCUUUGUAAUGCCAAUAAGACCCCCACAGGGGAUGACCAACUUCCUGAACUCUGUGAUACUGGGAACUUAACACAAGACUGCAGUGAAACCCCCCAAGAGGCUCAAGGGUUGUUAAUUGAGAGGCUGCAGGAUUCUGCGCCAACAGAAGCAGUGGAAAAGCUGAGCCCAGCACCCUCUGUACAUUCGGAAGCUGGAUGUGAGCAUAAGCUUGUAGUUUACCUCAGCAGAGACCAGUGCAGUGACGCAGAGGCCCCAUCCCGGAGCACAGGGGCGUCUGCUGAUGUGCUGCCCUCUCCUCUGCCAGACAGGACCACAGGUACCCAUCCUGAGGGGGGCCCUGAGCAAAGUCACAGUCACAGAGAGAGGUGCAGCGAAAGUAAGGUAGGGCAGAAAGUUCCGGAUCACCCUCCAGUUAAAGAGAAAAUCAGCAGCCUUAGAAAAGUUGACCGAGGACAUUACCGUAACCGCCGAGACCGCUCCUCUAGUGGGGAACGUGUGCAAAAAAGCAGGAGUAGGAGUCAGAGUCGAAGCAGGACUGAGGACCAUUGUCACAAAAAGCGGCGCUCCUACAACAGAAAGCACAGCAAGCAGGAGUGCCACACACUGGAGCACUGCAACGGGAGCCAGCAUCCCCUGUGCUAUGGCGACAGGGUGAGCCCAGCUGAGCGCCGCUCUCUGAGCAGGUACAGUUACCACCAUUCACGAACCAGGAAUGGGGCUGACCAGGACUGGAGCCGCUACCACCACUUGGACAGUGAGCAUGCCUGGCUCCCGGAGAAGUACUACCCCAAGAAGAUGAGGUGGGACAGGUGCAGGUACUACCCCGACAGGUACACCCCCUAUGCAGUCAGGGAGCUCAGUAUGAAGCGGCCACACAAGGACUCUUCCCGGGCCAGGAAGGGCUGGGAGCCACCUUCCCGGGUGAGGGAGCGGACGCACUUCUACAGCCCGCGCACAGGUGCCGCACCCCCUUUCCCUCUGCACCCUGAGCGGUAUCCCCAGGAAAAGGUUGCCUUUGGAGCUGACGACAGAGGUUGCGGCCUGUCUGAUCGCUUCCAUGAACAUGAAAGCAUGAAGUCACGCAAACGGAAGUAUGAGAGCCGUGAUUGUGACAGUCAUGUGGAAAAGAAAGCCCACAGGAGCCUGCCUAAAGAGCUGGAGGAGCCCAAGGCAAAGAAGCACAAAAAAUCAAAGAAGAAAAAGAAAUCUAAAGACAAACACCAGGAGCGCGACUACAGGCAUCAGCUGGAUCCAGGUCUUCCAGUAGUGUACUUGGAUUCUGACCUCCAUAGACACAAGAAGAAGAAGAAAAAGAAAAAGAAGAGGCACUCAGGGAAAUCAGUGGAAUUCAUAAAAGAAUCAGGACUACAGUCACCGAAGGCCUCAAGCUAUGAGACUGUCAACCAUUUCCAGAGACCUGAGGGCAGCUUCCUGCUCACCGAUGUUCUGCCUGUGGAGGACACUGGAUCUUUCCGCAAGAAAAAUAAGCAUUUAAGGAUGGAGAGCAGGGCCAACAGGUGCCACCUGCUGGAGUAUGGCCAGGAUUCAACGUGUUCCACAGAAGCCAUCCCAACUCAGCUUAAAUUAUAAACAUAAAUUUGUUCAAAUCUGCGUGGUGCUUCUUUAGUAAAUACUGUACAGAUUUUACCAUGAAUUUUUUUUUUUAACCUUUUCUUAAUUGCCCUUAUUCCAAAAGGAUGAACACUUUCUACAACUGCUGACCAUUGUAAAAUACCGUGUAUAUAAAUCACAUUGAAAAUAAUGCCCUGGAAUAGAACAUCUCAAAUGCUGCUUAAUUACAGACUCAGGUUGAUUACUUAUAUUUCAUGUAAUGUUCCUCCAAGUUAGACAUCUGGUGCAAGACCAACCGGGAAACCAUGGAAUUAUUAAAAGUACAAACUGACAGUGCGUGUGUUUAAUUUAAAUACUUAUUUAAAAAUUUACAAGCUCUCAACUAGACUUUGAGGGCAGUCUGUUUUCUGUAAUGUCUGAUACUAGAAACUAAUUUGCUUCAUAUUUUAGUUGUAUUCAAGAUUUGAAAAUGUAUUUUAUAGACAAGUUCUGUUUUUGAACUUUGUGGAACUAUUCCAAUCAACUUACCAGUUAUGAUAAGUAUUCACAUUAUGAAUGUAUAAUCUAAACAUUAUUUGUAAAGCUUACAGUAUGUUUUUAUUACAUAACACUUUUUUAUACUGUGUCGCGUCAACUGUAUGAUAUUGGAGUCUGAGUUGUCAGCUUAGUCCCUUAAAGUUUCUAGUUACAGACAAAAUCAUACUGUGAUUUUAUUUUUAAUAUGGAUAUGCUAUCAAACUGUGAUACACUUAUAAUUCACUGGUCCUGCAUCAGGAGAUGGAGUGGGGAAAACUGUAUUUAAUACAGUUUCUAUCUGAAUAAUCUGUAUGGUUUAUACAGUUUGUGUUGUUCAGAGAUGUCUAAAGUUUGAUCUUUGUUUUUUUAAAGAUUAAAAAAGCACUUGCCCCACUGUAAAUAUACAGCAUGUAAAAUUUAUAUAGUAUAUAAAUGG